GAUUCUCAAUUGUAAAAGUUAAAGUAAUUCUUAUUAAAAUUGGUGAAAUUCAAGUUGCAGCUCGCAUAGAAAAGAUAAUCCGCUUACAGUUAUCGCUAGCCGCACUAUCUCUUACGGAUCCCGAUACGUCGUACUUUCACUUUCAUCAAAAAUAAAACAAUUACUUGUGAUCGGUCUAAUUAAUUUUUUUUUUUCAACAAAUUUGGUUAAAUUUUCAUAAUUAAACCUGUCAAUAGAGUGGUUACUUCAUAUGUUUCAUUAAAUAUUCAAAUUCAAUUUAAUUCAUAAAUUUUAUUCAGUUAAUUACAAUUACGCCCAACAAAGUUAUAUUAAAUAUUAAAGUGUGACACCUCCUGUUAACCUGUACCUUCCAUACUAUUUAGUAAAAUCAUUAAUUCUUAUUUUCCUCUUGAUUAUUUCCUUUGUUUAUUAUAACCUUUUGACAGUUAUUACCAUCUAUAAACAUGCCGAUAGAAAAAGACGGUAAUGCAGGAGGCUCCCAGUUUUCAUUGUCGGAAAAACAGACUGCCAAGCUCAAUUAUUUAAAAUGUAAGCGAGAUACUCUGCUUACGCGUCUUCAACGAUCCCACGACCGCUUCAAAACCAUAAAUGCUGAAACAGCAUCCAGUUUUUCUUCGAUCUAUGAGAGGAUUGAUUAUUUGGAGGCCGAUAUCAACAAAAUACAAGACGAUAUAAUGAAGUUUAAUUCAGAACUUCCAAAAAUAUCAUACGGUCUUGAGGUUAAUGAAGUGCAGGAAGCUGUUGAGGAUAUGCUCCUAGAAAUGCGACAAUUAUACGGACGUUUUUCCUCGCCUCUCGCUACACAACAUGUAUCGUCUCCUACGUCCCAAUCCAAUUUAUUAAAAAAAUUGAACGUACCCACCUUCGAUGGGAAAAUAGAAGACUGGUCAAAUUUCAUCUCACUGUUUGAUUCUUUAGUGCAUAACAAAAAGGAGCUCACUCCUACAGAAAAAUUCCAGUACCUUCUUUUAUGUUUAAAAGAUGAACCUCUAUCUAUUGUCAGCAUUUUUAAAAUUACUGACGAGAUGUACCCCUGUGCUUAUCAGGCUUUGCAGGAUCGUUACCAAAAUAAACGAUUGCUAGCGGCGGUCUACGUCAACCAAAUUUUGAAUUUUUCCCCUCUUAAAUCUCCCUCACACCAAUCCUUGAGUAAUUUUUUGACGGUUCACAAAAAUUCCAUUAACGCGUUAAAGUCUUUAAAUCUUCCGAACCUCUCUGAUUUCGUAUUAUUUCAAUUGGCUGUGAAUAAUCUUGAUCCUACGACCCGCAAGGAAUUUGAAAAUCAAAAUUCCUCCUUAACAAUACCUUCAUUUCAAAAUUUAAUGGAUUUUGUUACUGAGAAAAAUAGGGUCUCCGAAGUUUGUGCAUGUACUCCCUCCUCUUCUGGAAGCCCUAGUCAGAAACAAAGACUACCUACGACGAACAGAGUUAAGUAUAUGAACACUUUGCUUCGCAAAACCUCUGCUCCUACUCACGCCCUCGCUGUUGAAAAUUCUUCUAGGAUUUGCAACAGAUCCUGUAUUUUGUGCUCGAGCUCUCACGUCUUUACUCAAUGUCCUAAUUUGCUGAAACAGGACAUCAAUCAAAGAUACCAAACCGUCCGAAGAUUGAAGAGAUGCUUCAAUUGUUUGGGUGCUCAUGCUCGAGAACAAUGUACUUCCACACGUGCUUGCCGAUUGUGUGGCACCAAUAAGCAUCAUACGUUGUUGCAUCCUACCUGGGCAACUGAUUUUCCGAAUGCGGACGUUUCUUCUCGUCUUUCGCCCUCGCCUAAAAUGGAAGCACCUAUUGCCGAUCCUCCCCCCAAUAAUCAAACUCUAUCUUGUCAGCUCAGUAAUUCUCAAACAUCUGUUAUGUUGGGUACGGUCCAGGCAUGUGUCCAGGAUUCAUGGGGAAUUUUCCGCCCAGUUCGCGCACUUCUUGAUUCUGGAUCGCAAAUAUCUGCUAUUUCUCUCAGUUUGGCCAAGAACUUAGGCCUUCCCAUAUCACCCUCAUCCAUCUCUUUAUCUGGAGUCAAUAAGUGUAUCACUCGACCUCAUGGUAUCGUCGCAUGUAAUAUUAGGCCUCGCUUUAAUAAUGGGAAUGCGUUCUCUUUGGACAUGUUGGUACUCUCUAAUAUUGCUAAUCCUCUCCCGUCGAUGUCAGUUUCUCAGGAAGUUCUUCAACGAUUCCAAAAGCUAUCCUUAGCUGAUCGAACAUAUCACAUCCCUGGAGCUGUGGACAUGAUUCUCGGGGCUGAUAGUUUUUCGGACAUUAUUGAAGAAGGAAGUACAAUAUUGCCCGGCCAACCCUGUGCAAUGAAAAGCAUCUUUGGAUGGGUUAUUUAUGGCAAGGUCAAUUCCUGUCCACCAGAGAACCCUCAGACAUCUCUCACUGUCUUUUCAGAUCAACCAGAAUUCGACGUACGCUCCUUUUGGGAAGUGGAAGAGGUAAAAAUUCUACCCUCUGAAGAUCCAAAUGAUUCAUUUUGUGAAAGCCACUUUAAGGAAACCCAUUACCGAGAGCCCUCAGGACGUUACGUAGUUUCAUUGCCAUUCUCUCCCGAUGCUUCUCCUCUUAUGACGAACCGCCCUAACGUUUUCCGCUCUUUCCUAUCGUUUGAACGACGCUUAAGGAAACAUCAAGAAUAUUUCAACUCAUAUCAAGAGUUCAUGAAGGAAUAUCUGGUCCUUAAUCAUAUGCAAUUAUCCACUAAUCCUUCGACUUACGUUUUACCACACCAUUGCGUAUCUAAAAGUUCUUCCUCUACGACGAAGGUUCGUGUGGUGUUUAACGCUUCCUCUCCUGAUUCUUCAGGUUGUUCACUUAAUCAAAGGCUUUUGAGUGGCCCCAAACUUCAGUCCGAUCUUAGCGAUAUCCUCACUACAUUUAGGCAAUAUGCGGUAGGAUUAUGCGGAGACCUCAAAAUGAUGUAUCGUCAGAUUAUUUUACACCCGAAGGAUAGGCGUUUCCAACACAUUUUUUGGCGUCCCCAUAAUGAAAGUAAAGUUCUGGAAUAUGAACUUAAUACCGUGACCUACGGAAUGACCCCCUCUGCGUAUCUAGCACAAAGAGUUCUACGCCAAUUGCUUAUCGAUGAAGGCGCAAAUUACCCUUUGGCCAAAGAAGCCCUCUCUCAUCAAACGUACAUAGAUGACGUCAUCACCGGCGCUUCUAGCCCUGAGCAAGCUCGUGUAUUAAGAUCACAGUUAAUUUCAUUGCUUUCGAAGGGUAGGUUUGAGUUGAGAAAAUGGUCCAGCAAUGAUGCUUCCGUGCUUGCUGACUUACCCUUUGAUCAUCUGGAGGUUCCGGUCAUCUUCGCAACUGAUGACAAAUGUAUAAAAAUUCUUGGGCUAAAUUGGAACCCGAAAAGUGAUUGUUUUAAAUUUAAUGUCCAGUCCUUCGAUGCGUUACCAACUAAAAGAUCCAUACUCUCAUAUGUAGCAAGAAUAUUUGAUCCUCUCGGAUUUCUCACGCCCGUUACUUUCUGGAUCAAGUAUUUUUUGCAACGUCUUUGGCUUACCAAAGUCGAUUGGGAUGAAACCCUUCCUUCCGAGCUUCUCUCUUCGUGGCAAUCCUUCGCGUCAGAAAUUCUAUCUCUGAUUGAUUUUCAAAUCCCUAGAUCCUUUUUCUUCCCCAAUACUACCUGUCAUUUAUUGGGAUUUUGCGAUGCUUCAGAGAAGGGUUAUGCUGCUGUUACAUAUCUUCUCUUUCAGAGUCAUAAUAAAAGGCAGCUUUCCUUUUUAAAGGCCAAAAGCAAAGUAGCACCUCUUAAAACCAUAUCAGUACCCCGUCUCGAACUUUGCGCUGCCCUACUUCUCUCCCGACUCGUCCAGCAUAUCCCUGAAUUAAGCUUCUCCUUUAAGUCUCGACAUUAUUUUUCCGAUUCCAUGAUAGUUCUUUCAUGGUUGUCGACUCCUCCUCAUCAACUCAAGACCUUUGUUGCAAAUCGGGUGGUACAGAUUUUGGAAACAACAGAGCCAUCUGAUUGGAAACAUAUUUCAACUAACGACAAUCCAGCCGAUUGCGCCUCUCGAGGUCUUACUCCCGCUGCAUUUACGAAGUAUGAUGCUUGGGUGGAGGGUCCCUCGCUUCUUAGUGACCCCUCUUUUCUUCAACCUCAAUCGCUCACUUUAAUACCCUCACAAGAGUUGGUGGAUAUCAAGCAGUCUAUUAGUUGUCUUGCUUGUGUGCCCGAUGAAAACUUGUUAAUAACCACAUUUUCAAGGUUCUCGACACUUAGCAAACUCCAACGGGUUUUUGCAUAUGUUAAUCGUUUCAUUUCUAACGCCUGCAAAAAUUGCGAUAAUUCUCCAGCUGGUCCCUUGACAGUCCCUGAAUUGGAUCAGGCUCUACACACAUGUAUACAGGUGACACAACGAUUUUAUUUUACUAAAGAAUUGGCGCUUCUUAAGAACAAUGGUCACAGUAACCACUCACUUCUUUCUCUGUCCCCAUUCCUAGAUAAAAAAGGGCUUCUCAGGGUGGGCGGCAGAUUAGACCAGUCCUUAUUACCUUUCCCUUCCAAACAUCCAAUAAUUCUACCUAAGAAAUCUCACAUCGCUGCCUUAAUAUGUGACUACUAUCACACCAUUUCUCUUCACUCAGGCCCAUUAACUGUCCAAUCUCUGAUUAGGCGAAAAUAUUGGAUUGUCUCCUCACGUUCUUUAAUUCGUCAACGCAUUCGCCGGUGUCUAACUUGCCAUAAAUUCAGAGGGGAAACAGUGAUUCCUCUUAUGUCGGAUCUACCUUCCUUUCGAAGCAAACCCUCUCGUGCUUUCACUCAUGUCGGAACAGAUUUCGCCGGUCCCUUCAUGGUUCGGGAAUCCCUUCGACGAAAACACCUUCUUACGAAAGGAUACUUAUGCAUCUUCAUAUGUAUGUCGACUAAAGCGGUUCAUUUGGAAAUGGUUUCUAAAUUGAGCACGGAAGCUUUCUUGUCUUGUUUUGACCGUUUUAUCUCACGAAGGGGUUUACCUCUAGUCAUCUACUCUGACUGCGGUCGAAAUUUCGUUGGAGCUUCUCGUCAAUUAAUCGAAUUUCGGCAAUUUCUGAGUGACGAAGAAAAGGUACUUCAGUCUCAUGCCGCUCAGAAGGGUAUCUCAUGGAAAUUCAAUCCUCCCGCUGCACCUCACUUUGGUGGGAUAUGGGAGGCUGCGGUCAAAUCUUCGAAAAGGCUGUUGCAUCGUCUAAUCGGAGAUACUUCGUUAACCUUCGAGGAAUAUUGUACAUUGUUUGCAAGAAUCGAAGCAGUCCUCAACAGCCGGCCUCUAUGCGCUAUUCCUCCCGAUCAUAAAGACGACUCCGAUUUUCUCAGUCCAGGGCACUUCUUAACGGGAGCUCCCUUACUCGCUCCACCUGAACCGGAUUUUUCGGAGCAGCUUCCUCCUUUUACUCGUUGGAAGCGAGUAAAACAACUGCAUCAAAUAUUUUGGAGAAGAUGGUCUUCUGAAUAUUUAAAUACGUUACUGCAGCGGAAUAAAUGGCAGAAGGCCACCCCAUCCAUAAAGCCCGGGGAAGUCGUCUUUAUCAAAAACGCUCGUACCUCUCCGCUUUCGUGGGCCAUAGGGAGAGUACAAGAGAUCUUUCCUGGCCCCGACUCGCGUACUAGGGUGGUCAAGGUGCGAACUACCGCCGGUUCCUUCAUAAGACCUGUCCACAACUUACUUACACUUCCUCCUACUGCCUAAGAACCCUAUUUACUUUCUCCUUGUAUAUAGUUUAAUAUUUUUUGUUUAAUUUCUAUAGAAGUGUAAAUUUUCUUUAAAAUUUGGUGGGCGGAAUGUUUACGCCAACUGUACCUUUGUACAUAGAUUGUAAAUAGUCCAACAA